AUGACGGUCGCUACCAGGACGGUAGUCGUUAUGCCUCCUGUCCCCAAUCGGGAGGACUUAGAUGCGACAUGGAAAUAUCUCGAGGCUGGAGUCUCAAAGGUCAUGUUACAAUUGGCAGAUGGUGUCGAUAUGAAUACUUAUAUGGGUGUAUACACAGCUGUGCAUAAUUUCUGUACAUCACAAAAGGCAGUCAGCAACCAUGGCCCAGGAGUGAUCGGAGGUGCGCAUCGAGGAGCACACCUUCUCGGUGAAGAUCUAUACAAAAACCUCAUCAAAUACCUAACACAAUAUCUCAAGGAACUCGUUCUCGCCUCUAAGACACAUAGCGACGAAGCUCUCCUUAGUUUCUAUAUUCGGGAAUGGGAUAGAUACACGACAGCAGCAAAAUAUGUCAACCACUUGUUCCGAUACCUUAAUCGUCAUUGGGUAAAGCGAGAAAUGGACGAAGGAAAAAAGAACAUUUACGAUGUUUACACUCUACACCUUGUUCAAUGGAGAGAAACUCUGUUCACAGCUGUCCACUCAAAGGUUAUGGAUGCUGUUCUCAAGAUGGUUGAGAGGCAAAGAAAUGGCGAGACUAUCGAGCAUAACCAGAUCAAGGCCAUUGUUGAUUCUUUUGUAUCACUUGGGUUGGAUGAAUCGGAUCCUACUAAAUCGACCCUCGAUGUUUACCGUUUCCACUUUGAGAAGCCAUUCUUAGAAGCUACCGAAGCCUUUUACAGAACCGAAUCAAAAGAAUUUGUCGCGGAAAAUAGCAUAGUAGAAUACAUGAAGAAGGCUGAAAUUCGAUUGGCAGAAGAGGAAGAGCGAGUUAGAAUGUAUCUGCACCAGGAUAUUAUCAUUCCAUUGAAGAAAGCCUGCAACACUGCUCUUAUUGCAGACCACUCCGUACUUCUUCGAGACGAGUUUCAGGUUCUUUUGGAUAAUGAUCGAUAUGACGAUAUGGCACGCAUGUACAACUUGCUGGCAAGAAUUCCAGAUGGUCUUGAACCACUCCGUACCAGAUUCGAGGCUCAUGUUCGCAACGCCGGUCUUGCAUCAGUAGCAAAAGUCGCUAGUGAGGGUGAUAAGCUCGAACCUAAGGUUUAUGUGGAUGCUCUUCUCGAGAUCCACACACAAUAUUCAAGUCUUGUAAAACAAGCAUUCAAGGAUGAGCCUGAGUUUACUAGGUCUCUUGAUAAUGCAUGCAAGGAGUUUGUGAACCGCAAUAAAGUCUGCAAAUCUGGGUCAAACAAAUCCCCUGAAUUGCUCGCCAAAUAUGCCGAUUCGUUAUUGAAGAAGAGUGCCAGUGGAGCUGAGGAGAGUGAUAUCGAGAACUCUCUUACUCAAAUCAUGACAGUCUUCAAGUAUAUUGAAGACAAAGAUGUGUUCCAGAAGUUCUACUCGCGUAUGCUUGCUCGCAGAUUGGUCCACACCAGUUCGUCAUCAGAUGAUGCAGAGACAAGCAUGAUCAGCAAGUUGAAGGAAGCAUGUGGAUUCGAAUAUACCAACAAGCUUCAACGUAUGUUCCAGGACAUUCAAAUCUCGAAGGAUCUGAACAGCGGCUUUAAGGAAUUUGAGGGAGGAAUCUUUACUGGAGGCGAAGAAAAGCCAAUCGAUGCUAGCUACUCAAUUCUGGGCACGGGUAUGUGGCCCUUGAAUCCACCAAAUACAGAUUUCACCCCACCAGUGGAGAUUUCCAAGGCCUAUGAGCGUUUCCAAAAUUUCUACAACCAGAAGCACAGUGGUAGAAAACUCACGUGGCUUUGGCAAUUGUGCAAGGGUGAAAUCAAGGCCAACUAUUGUAAAAACCAAAAGACUCCAUAUACUUUCCAGGUUUCGACUUAUCAAAUGGCCAUCCUUUUGUUGUUUAACGAGAGUGACAAGAACAGCUAUGAAGAUAUCGCCAAGGCAACUCAGUUACAGGCUGAUAUCCUUGAUCCCACCCUUGGUAUUUUCUUGAAAUCCAAGGUCCUCACUAUGACUCCAGCAGACGACAAGCCAGGACCUGGCAAAACCUUCAACUUGAAUUAUGAUUUCAAGAGCAAGAAGAUUCGUGUCAAUCUUAAUAUCGCUAUCAAGUCGGAGCAAAAGCAAGAGGUUGAUGAGACUCACAAGACUAUUGAGGAAGACAGGAAGUUGCUCAUGCAGUCUGCCAUUGUUCGUAUCAUGAAGGCACGAAAGAAGAUGAAGCACAGCGUUCUUGUUGCCGAAACCAUCAGUCAGAUUCGCACCCGAUUCUCACCAAAGGUUCCAGAUAUCAAGAAGUGUAUUGAUAUCUUGCUGGAGAAAGAAUACCUAGAGCGACUCGAUGAUGAUGAGCUCGGGUACCUUGCAUGA